ACCAUUCAACCCCAACUCAUCAUCUUCUCUCUCAAGCACAUUCUCUCUACUACAAUAAUACAUACAACAAAUCCUACUUUCUCGAUCUCUUUAGCUAGCUUUUCGAUCCACUAACUCAAAAAAUACUUUGUUUUGCUUUUCUUGUUUUUGGAUUGUUGUUAGAUCAAAAAAGAAGAUGAUCCAAGAACUCUUUGGAGGUCAUGCAGCAGCCCUAAUUGGUGGAGAGAGGAAAAUCUCCAUUAAUGGAUCAACCCUUUUAGAACCCACUCCUUCUCCUUCUCCUUCACCCUCUCCAUCUUCUUCUACUAAACCAACAAAUACCACUACUACUACCACUACCACAACUUCAUCUGAUCAGAAAGAGAAUUUGAGAUGUCCACGAUGCGAUUCUUCAAACACAAAGUUCUGUUACUACAACAACUACAACCUCACGCAGCCUCGCCACUUCUGCAAAACUUGUCGUCGGUACUGGACCAAAGGCGGCGCCCUCAGAAAUGUUCCGAUUGGAGGUGGAUGCAGGAAGAACAAGAACACAACUAUCUCAACAUCAAUUUCAAAAUCAAGUGCUAAUGAGAUAAAAACUUUAGCAACUGAUUUCGGAAUUGGAUCAUCGAGCUUUCGAGGGUUUGAUUAUCAUCAUGAGCUUGCUUCAAAUCCAAUUUCAUUCUCUUCGCCGCAGAGUUCUCAUCAUCUUUUGAGCUUGUUAAGGCCAAACCCUAACCCUAACCCUAAUUUUGUGAAGGGGGAGGGUGUAAUGAUUGGAUCUCAUAUGAUGUCUUCAGAGCCUGCACUCCUAAAUGGUCAAACCCUAAGUUUGGAUUCUCUUGGCCAGGCUCCUUCUCUUGGUCUUUGUAGCCCUUAUUGGAAAAACAAUAGCCAACAACAAAAUGGGGUUAUAGUUGGUCAAGAAGCUCAAGAUAAUAGUACUGGACUUCAAGAGCUUUAUCAAAGGCUUCGGUCAUCAACUAGUACUGGUUAUUAUACAGGUCAAUCAGUCCCAGGUGUUCCAAGCAAUGUGGGAUCGUCGUCGGCAUCUUCUUAUUCAUCCAUCUUGGAGCCAAAUCCGGCGGCAACUGGAAACCAAUUAGGUUACUGGAGUAAUAAUCCAGCAUUUUCCUCAUCGUGGUCUGAUCUUCCAACAACAAAUGGUGCAUAUCCUUGAGUAACCUUAAUUUGAGUUUUUUCUUUCUCAAUCAAUGUUCUACUGUUAAGUUGUUUCUAUUGUGGGUGUUUGGGUUUGUGGAAUAUGGAUAUGGAUAUGGGAGUAGGAUCACCAUGUUCUUUCUUUUUCUUUUUUGCAUGUGUGGUUGAAGUGUGUUAUGACGAUGUACCAAUUAAGACCAAGAAGUGGUCGAAAUCGAAACUGUACUAAUGUUUGUUUUCUUAGUAUAUAUUUGGGUUUACUUUUUUUA